AUGCUGCGGGGCCUGGUGCAGGUGCAGCCGGAGGUGGUGCAGGCCCCGGGGCAGGCGCAGUCACAGGCCGAGCAAGCUGCGCCCUCCGAGAGCACCAGGCCACUGGCGGUCGAGGCCGAGAAGGCCGGGCCCAAGCGCCCGCACCUCAGGAUCUUCCCGGUUAGCCUCCUGAAGCUCGGCGCUUUCAGCCAACAGGGAGGCGGCCAGGCCGGGGCCCCGCAGCACGGCGCCAAGACGGAAGUCGGACACCGGAAAGGGAGUUUGGAGGGGCCCUGCGGCUGGGGCUGUCUGGUGUUCCCCUGGUGUCAGCGUUUUAACAACGUCCGUUGCUUCCUGAUUUUCUUCUGCAUUCUGGUCAUGGCUCAAUGUGUUGUGUUUGGUCUUGUAGAUCUGAGCACUGAGAGCUUUAAGAAGGAAAAUAACUUGAACAUCGUUGAGAAUGUAUUCUUGUCAUUGACUUACGAUAUUUCAUCCUGCCUGGUGGUAGUGUUUAUCGCAUACUAUGGAGGGAAAGGAAACAUACCAAGGUGGAUUACAGUCUCCUCCUUUUUAGUAGGGUCUGCAUCACUCUUAUUUGCUUUUCCAUACUUUCGUGUUGAAGAUUCUCAAAGGAAUGUAGAAAUUGAAGAUAUUUGCCAAGCAGUGAAGACUGUCAAGCCUUGCUCGAAAGCUCCAUUAUCAUUCCGAUCAAACUACAUGACCUUCUUCAUCCUUGGACAGAGUGUGCAGGGAAUAGCGGGCAUACCCCUUUAUGUCCUUGGAAUGACCUUUAUUUAUAACAGCGUUGCCACACACUCAGCCGGCAUUUACCUAGGCAUUGUGGAAGCUGUAGGAAUACUCGGAUAUUCUUUGGGUUAUGCUAUAGGAGCACCCCUAAUUAAGGUCUUUGUGCUAUCUGUGAAUAGUACUUCUGAGAAAAGUGUUGGAGACAGUGAUGAUAAAGAACGUUGGCGGCAGACUUGGUGGAGUUAUUUUGUUAUUAUUGCAGUUAUUGCAUGGUCUACAUUAAUACCAUUUUCAUGCUUUCCACAGAGUUUACGAGGCACAGCAAGGAUAAAAGCUGGGAAACAUAAACAGCCUCCUGUUUUGGACAGAGAUCAAACAAAAGAUCAGGAAUUUGGACCUAGUAUCAAGGACUUAUUUGCUACUUUUGGGACUCUGAUCAAGAAUCCAAUAUUUGUGUGCCUAUCUCUGUCCAGAGCUUCAGAAUCUUUAGUUAUGAUAGGAGCAUCUGAAUUUUUGCCAAUAUAUAUAGAAAAUCAGUUUAUAUUAACACCCACUGAGGCGACUGCACUUGCAGGACUUGUUUUACUUCCAGGAGGUGCACUUGGCCAGAUUCUGGGAGGUAUCAUUAUUUCCAAGUUACACAUGUCUUCUAAAGGCCUUAUGAAAUUUGUAAUAGUUACAUCUGCUAUAUCCCUUGUACUGCUUGCAUUUGUAGUUUUUGUAUACUGUGAUCCAAUACCAUUUGCUGGGAUCACUGAAGAUUAUGGUGGAGCAGGGCAGUUGGGAAACCUGACAGCUCCUUGCAAUUCUCAUUGUAAAUGUUCAUCUGCAUUUUAUUCUGCUACAUGUGGAAGAAAUGAUAUUGCAUAUUUUUCUCCUUGCUUUGCAGGUUGUACACAGUCUAAAUCAUUCAAGGCUAGCAAGACAUACUACAAUUGUUCUUGCAUUAAAGAAGGAUUAACAACCUCAGAUGAUCAAGGUGAUUUUAUUGAUGCUACAAGUGGGACAUGUGAUUCAAAGUGUUAUAAAUUACCUUUGUUCAUUGCUUUUAUAUUUUCUACAAUUGUAUUUUCUGCUUUUGCUGAUGUACCAAGCAUCCUGACCAUUCUUCGGAUUGUGUCUGACAAACAGCGUCCUCUGGCCAUGGGUAUGAGCUUUGUGAUUUUGAGAAUAUGUGGGACUAUACCUGGACCAGUAAUUUUUAAAAUAAUAAGAGAAACUUCUUGCAUCUUUCGGGAUAAUGAGCGCUGUGGAAGCACUGGAAAUUGCUGGAUCUAUUACAAGACAAAAAUGGCCUACCUAUUGGUAGGAGUAUGUUUUACUUGCAAAGUAGCUACUAUUUUCUUCAAUGCUGUUGCAUUGGGCCUAUAUAAAAAUCUACCAGAGGAAAACAGUGACGUCUUGCCUACAGUUGUGAAGAGUCUAAGGGUUAAAAAAAAUGAAAGAUCAGAAUCAACAUUAUCAGGAUGGAGGAAGAGCUGAGGAUCAGAAUGUGAAAACAGGAGUUUUUCCUUCAAAGAUUCUCCAAGAUCUGUUGCUGUGCUACAUUCAGAAAAGGAAAAUCACAAGUGAUGUUUGCAAAAGUUGUAGAAGCAUAAUCUGUGGUGAUUUGUAUUUUCAUAAUAAAGUACAUUCUUAUAAA